AUGCAUUUAAGUCCUUCCAUUUAAAAAAGAGACUCUCCGAGUGAAAUUCUUAAAGCAAGAAUGGAAAAGAAACCCAGUGGACGAUUUACUUUUCUUAAAACUCAAUAGGAAAAUCCUUGUUAAUAGUAAGUGCAAAAUAAUAGAGAUCGCAUCAAAUCUAAUUUAAGAGGUAUUGCAAUUUAGUAACAGGUAGGUUAGAUUCUGCACAUUCUAAAUAAACCAUCACCUGCUACAAAAGAUCAAAUUGAAGAAUUAAUAGACUUAGGCAAAAAAUUAGAUAUAGAAAUUAAUACAAUGGACUCUGAAUUCAUUUGUCCAAAUACUAAAGAAUUUCAUGAGAAUUAUGAUAUCUUAGAAGUUUUAGGAGAAGGAUGUUUAGGGUUAGUAAAGAGGAUUAUUCAAAAAUCUACUUAAGAUCUUUUUGCUGUCAAAAUUGUGUAGACUCAGGAUGAUGAAAUAAUUAGAAAUGUAAUAAUGAUUUGAAUUUUAGAUGAUCAUUGAGUUUAAAAGAUUGAUUAAAUUGUCCCAUGAAAACAUUGUUAAAGUACAUAAAUUAUAUGUUGAUUUUGAUAACAGCUUCUAAUCUGAAAGUAAGGCUUAUGUAGUAAUGGAAUUGAUUGAAGGGUAGGAAAUGUUUGAAGUUUUAAAUUCUUUGGGACAUUAUUGUGAAGCAGAUGCUAAGGAGAUCUUUAAAUAGUUAUUAAGUGCUAUUGAAUAUAUGCAUAGAAAUGGAAUUUGUCAUAGAGAUUUAAAACCAAACAAUAUACUUUGUGUAAAUAGUAUUAAUCAUUUUGUUAUUAGACAAAAAGUAAAUCAAAGUGACAGAUUUUAAUGUGAGCAAAUUUAGUGAUUCUUACAAGGAAUUCGGAGAUUUGAAAGACAGAGAAAAAAUCGAAAUGUGGACAUAUACUGGAACUGUGGCAUUUUCUGCUCCUGAAAUCUUCACAGGAGAAGGAUACAAGUAAAUAGUUCAUUGAUAAAAUAUUAGUUAGAUGGUUGAUAUGUGGAGUGCAGGGUGCAUUUUAUAUUCAAUGUUAUCAGGAUAAUUACCAUUUAAUGCAGAUUAGUAAAUUUUGAUAUAAUUUUAGUCUCAAUGAUUUGAUUGAUAACAUUAAAGAGGCCAAGAUUAACUUCCCUGUUGAGUUAUUUGAAGGAGUCUCUAACGAAGCCAAAGAUCUGAUCACUUAAUUACUUUAAAAAGAUUGGGCUUUAAGACCUCAUCCUGAUUCUGCAUUGAAACACGAAUGGUUUAGCGAAGAUUAGAAGUUAUUGGAAAGCCAAAAGAGUCUUUUAAUAAGAUUAAAUCAUAAAAAGAAUGAUCCAAGAUUAAUUCUUAAACAGAGACACAAUAAAAGAUAAUAAUCAAUAUUGUUGGGUUCUUAAUAAUUGAUAAUUAAUCUUCACUCAAUGGAAAUACAACAGGAAAUUCAUUUACAAGAGACUUAAUAAUAACUGUCAAAUAUGUGUUCUAUGAGAUUGGAUUCUUGUCCAAAAAAGAGUCAGUUUAGUUUCACUGCUUACAAGGUACCUGAAAAUGAACUAAAUAUAUAUUAAUAUUUGCCUCCACCUUCACCUGAUAAAGAAAAUGAAAUAGAGAAAGUAGGAUCGUUUGAAUCUGGAAUUGUAGAUCCCCUUAUGCAAUGCUCAGGUAGAUUUUUUGGAGAUGAUAAAGUGAAGAAUCUCGAUGACAAUUCUGAUUAAGCCUAUUGAUAUUUAUAAACCAG